AUGUAUUCACACUUGCUUAAAGCAAUUAUUUACUCGCUGGGCACUCUGGAGGAGAACUGUUUCGAUGAAUUUGGAGAAUCAGCAAUGCGAACAUUAUCACAAGAAAUCACAAAACGAUAUUUCUUUACUAGCAGUAUACAGUUAAGCAACCGCAAGAAAUCUCAAUUUUUAUCUUUAAGUCAGGCAGUUGAAUUAGUAAAACAAAAGGAAAUAUCUCCGGUUGUUUUGACCCAAAAAUGUAUAGAACAAAUAAAGACGUUUGAACAUCAAAUUAACGCGUUUAUUCAAAUAAAAGAUUAUGAAAAAAUUCUUGAUCAAGCCAAACAAGCGGAAAAAAGAAUCCAACGAGGAGAACCCAAAGGAAUCUUGGAUGGUAUACCAAUCGCUUGCAAAGAUAUAUUUUGCACUAAAGAUUUAUACACUACUUGUGGAUCUACAACGCUCAAAGAUUUCCAGUCAACCUAUAAUUCGACGGUGGUUGAAUUACUAGAAAAAUCCGGUGCUAUCAUAAUUGGAAAGACAAACAUGGAUGAAUUUGGCAUGGGCUCAGCAAAUGUGUACAGUGCAUAUGGUAUUACAUACAAUCCAUUAUUGUCGCUUUCACAAUUUUUUGAAUCUACAGAAGAGGGUGAUAAACGUGUUGCUGGUGGAAGUUCAGGUGGAAGCGCUGCCGCUGUGGCCUCUGGAAUGUGUUUUGCUGCAUUAGGCUCUGAUACUGGCGGAUCUGUUCGUUUGCCUGCAUCGUACUGCGGAGUAGUUGGGUUUAAACCCUCAUAUGGACAAUGCUCUAGAUGGGGAUUAACAGCAUAUGCCAAUUCUUUAGAUACUGUCGGAUUAAUAACGAGAACUGUUGACGAUGCAAAAUUGGUAUAUGACUUAAUCUCAAAGUUUGAUAAAAAGGACACAACAUCCUUACCGCUAGAAUUCCGGUCAACUAAUAAAAGCUUAAAUAAAUCUGAUAACGCUAGCAAUAUUAGCACGAAAGAUUUGAGUGGACUUCGAGUUGGUGUUCCACAGGAAUAUUUUGUAUCUGAACUUAAUGAAGACAUUAUUAAUUUAUGGCGUAAAGGAAUUAACCAUUUAAAUUCUCAUGGUGCGACUAUUGUUCCUGUUUCUUGUCCAAAUACAAAAUAUGCUUUGCCGGUAUAUUAUAUACUUGCUCCAGCUGAAGCUUCGUCAAAUUUGGCACGCUAUGAUGGCGUAAGAUAUGGUUUUCAUACAAAUACUAAAGAAAAUCAUAGUGAUGAUAUAAUUUAUGUUGAUGUAAGAGAUCAAGGACUUGGUGAAGAAGUAAAACGACCACAACGCGUAAGACAAUUGAUUCGGCAAGACUUUAAUAAUGUAUUUUCAAUGCCGAAUCCGUUGCUUGUUGAUGAUAAACUUGGUAUUCCCAUUUCUGAGAAGUCAAAACACGGUGUAGAUGUGUUGAUAGCACCAGUAGCAAUUUCGACUGCACCCAAAAUUCGUGAUUCACUUAAUUCAUCCGAGGAUCUGGAAUCCGAUAGUUAUGAGAUAUUAAAUUCAUAUGUCAAUGAUGUUAUGACUACGGCAGCAAGUUUGGCAGGAAUUCCUUCUAUGAGCAUACCCUUUGGACUAUCUUCUAAUGAUGGAUUUCCAAUUGGAUUACAAUUAAUAGUGCAGUAUGGAAAUGAAGAAACUUUAUUUCAAGUUGCAAAAGUUAUAGAUCAAGGCAAUAAUUAUAAUUCAUAA